AUGGGAACGUCGCGAGCCUAUUUCGACCGUCCCCUGGGCUCAAACGAGGUUGUCCUCUCUUUUGAAAGUCUUGGGCGUCCCCACGGUCUUGAACAAGGUGCUUCGAUACGGUUCCUGCGCCCCGGACGUGGGUCUUUGGACCACACGCACACCCUGGCCGACGUGCUAUCGUGCGUGCUCGCAAGUGCCGUGUGUGAAAUGCUAUGUAUGCACUUGCACGGGGGUGUUGUGAGGGCCCUUCGCUUCGUCAGUCACAUCACUCUAAGUGGUUGCUCCCUCUGUAUGGCUGCUUGCAGAUGGGGUGAAAAGGGGAGGGGGAUGGAGUAA